GCAGUCUACAGCUUCCGCUUUACCCCGCAACCCGAUCAGAGGUGUUUCCUCCCCUCUCAUUAAACAUAAAUGUUUAAAAUAACUCCUCAACUAUAUGAGAAAAUCAAGCACUAUGCAAAGUUUCCACAGACUGGAGUCUCACUGAGGCAAAUGGUCAUGUUUGGUCAAAAACCAUCGCAGGGUACUCUUCUGAAGGCUGGUCAAUUUAUACAUGAGGAACUUCCGAUUCGACUUGCACAUCGAGUAAAAGAACUUGAAGAACUUCCUAACAACUUGAGCCAAAUGCCAUCCAUUGUGAAGGUCAAGAAUUGGUAUGCGCAAUCAUUUCAGGAACUGAUUGAAAUGCCGCCCCCGGAACUAUCAUCUUCAGUGAAGAACCAGUUGAAACAAUCCACAGCAGGAGGCAAUGCCAAUCAUUUACCACAUAAUCAGCCGAACUUGGCAAUGCUAGAACAAAAUGGAGGACUCGCGGUUAAGCCCAAUGUUCCAGUUGGCCACCGGUAUUACUUUAAGGAUGUUGGCGAAUUUGAUUGGCCUCCAGAAGUUUUGCGUUAUAACGAACAAUUUGUAAAGCGCAUUGAAGCCAUUAAGCGAAGGCACGACCCUGUUGUGACGACAGUUGCUCAAGGCAUUGUGGAGUAUAAAAAAUUUAGACAAUCGGCUUUGAUUGAUACCGACGUCCAAUCUUUCUUAGAUCGCUUUUACAUGUCCCGCAUCGGCAUUCGAAUGCUCAUAGGUCAACAUUCAGCAUUAUUUAGAGGUCCACCGCGGAAAGAUUAUGUAGGCGUCAUCUGUACGAAAACCAACAUUGCUGAAAUCGCUCAAGAAGCUAUAGAGAAUGCUCGGUUCAUAUGCGAAGAUUACUAUGGGCUGUUUAAAGCGCCUGAAGUGCAUCUUCAUUGUCCCGAAGUGGUAGAGUUUAUGUAUGUGCCAUCACAUCUGAGCCAUAUGCUCUUUGAGCUUCUGAAGAACUCGCUUCGAGCUGUUGUGGAAACCUACGGCGACGAAUAUGAAGGUGAAUUUCCGCCUGUCAAGAUCAUCGUAGCACAGGGCAAAGAGGAUAUUACCAUUAAAGUGUCAGACGAAGGUGGAGGUAUACCAAGAUCAGGCAUUCCGCUGGUUUGGACGUAUAUGUACACAACCGCUGAAGUACAAGCUCUGGAACCAGAAUUUAACAAGUCAGACUUUAAAGCUCCCAUGGCUGGUUUUGGCUAUGGACUACCCAUAUCCAGACUUUAUGCCCGUUAUUUUGGAGGCGAUUUGAAGCUGAUUUCAAUGGAAGGAUAUGGAACGGAUGUCUAUCUUCAUCUCAACCGCCUUUCAAAUAGCGACGAACCAUUAAUGUAAAAGUGCCUUUUUCUGUGUCUUUAUUUUUUUACUCACGUUAUAAUGGUGGACCGAACUACGUCCGUAACAAUGUCAGCACUUGCCAUUUCGAAGCAUAGCCUUUCUACUUCACAAGUGUUUACUAAAAGCAAUCCCAAAAAAUCCUUUCUUGCUGCAACAAUAUCACUCGGUGUGUGGGGAAACCAUAAUAAUUCAAUGGCUGCUCUGUGUAAACUUCGCUGGAAGAAAAACGUUUGGUUUUUGGGGUGAACGUUGCACAGCUAAUUAUCUUUGCUGAUCUUUUGGAGUACCGAUAUUACUUCAUGGCUUUCCGUUGUUAACCUGUGUUUACUGCGCG